AUGGAUAACUGGCUGGCCCACCUGCUCGAAGCCAAGCAAGCCCUCCUUACGAGAUGGAAGGGGCAGAAGCAUAACAGGAGGCUCCGCAAGAAGGAUUCCGAGGUCUACAGGGAGAUCGAAGAGCACUGCAAGAACCUUUGUAAGCAACAAUGGGAGGAGCUCUGCGAAUCCGUCGAGGGCCAGGAAACCAUGACGAAAGAAGACAUCUGCAUCACCGGCAUUUCGGGACGAUACCCGCAAGCGGACAGCUUCUCAGAGUUCAAGGAGAAGCUCAACGCGGGCGUCGACUUUAUCACAGACGAUGAAGCUCGUUGGCCCCGAGGUUUCCUCGGAGUCCCCAAUAGGAUGGGCACCAUUAAAGACUUGUCGCGGUUCGACGCGAGCUUCUUCAGAGUGCCGCCUAAGCAAGUGCAGCUCAUGGACCCCAUGCUGCGUCUUCUUUUAGAGAGCUCGUACGAAGCCAUCGUGGACGCCGGCUACGAUCCGGCGACGCUGCGAGGACGAAAGAUAGGCGUCUUCGUCGGCUGCGCGUUGUCCGAGACGAUGACGCUGUUCGGCAGUGACGCGGGCACGAUCGACGGCUACAUCUCGACCGGGGCGUCACUGCACAUGUUCUCGAAUCGAGUUUCCUACUGCUUCGACUUUGACGGACCAAGCUUUACGGUGGACUCGGCAUCCUCUUCGACUAUGACAGCAUUCAGCCUAGCCCUGCAGUCACUUCGCGCAGGUGACUGCGAGGCUGCCAUCGUGGGGGGCUGCAGUAUCAUACUCAACCCGCUCACCACGCUAACCUUGUACCGCUUUGGCCUGCUGUCACGAGACGGGAAGAGCAAGUCGUUCGACGAUAAAGCGGAUGGUUAUGUGCGAAGUGAAACCAUAGGAGCUGUGUUUCUUCAGCGGGCUUCUGAAGCACGCAGGAUCUACGCCAAGGUGGUUAACGUGAAAUCCAACGCAGACGGCUACAAGGUUCAAGGGAUCACCGUUCCAUCAAGCGGGAAGCAGGAGGAGCUGCUUCGCAGAAUGUACGCCCAGGCCAAUGUAGACCCGCUAAAAGUCACCUACAUCGAAACCCACGGCCCCGGUACCAACGUGGGCGACCCUCAGGAGUUGGCUGCGCUUAGCAGGUUCUUCUGUGUGCCGGAGCGCAAGAAGCCCCUCAAAAUCGGUGCAGUCAAGAGCAACGCGGGACACGCGGAAGCAGCGUCAUCAAUCACCACGAUUUCCAAGGCGGUCAUUGUCAUGGAGACAGGCAUGAUCCCGCCAAACUUGCACUUCAAGAAUCCUAACCCAAGGAUACCGUGUCUUAACGACGGGAGCAUCGAGGUGAUCAGCAAACCAACGCCCUUUGACGGUGGCCUAGUCGGUGUCCACGCUCUUGGAUUCGGUGGGACCAACGGUCACGCGAUUCUCGAGGCUAACCCGGGACCCCACGUGAACACCACAGCCCGAGAAAAGCUCCAGCUUCCUAGGCUGGUUCUCAUGGCUGGAAGGAGUGGAGACUCACUGGGGCAAACUCUGGACCGGUUGGAAGCCGAAGGUCCCUACCCUGAUUCUGCGUACGCCCUCUUGAACCGAGUAGGGCAGCCCUCCAUAAAGCAGUUCCCAUUCCGCGGCUACGCCUUAAUUCCUGUAGACGGCUCCCAGAAGCCCGUCACCAAGGUCGUCGAGAAGGUUCACCCAGCAAAGAGACCCCUGUGGUUCGUCUUCACCGGCAUGGGCUGCCAGUGGAACGGCAUGGCGAGGCAGAUGAUGGAGUUCGACGUGUUCGCCCGCUCCAUCCGCGCAUCGCACGACCUGCUCGCGAAGAAUUUCGGCCUCGACCUCAUCGACCUGGUAACUAGCGCCGAACCGCGAGGCGAAGAGACCAUUGCGAGCGUCCUGGUGUCCAUCGUAGCAAUUCAAGUUGCGCUCGUCGAUGUCAUCCAUGCUGUGGGUCUUAGGCCGGAUGGAAUCGUGGGUCACUCGCUGGGAGAGAUCGCCGGUGCGUACGCCGACGGGGGCCUCAGCGCUGAGCAGGCUGUGCUGUGCGGCUACUGGCGGGGCCGAUGCACCGAUGUGGGCAACCUCCCAAGGGGGCUCAUGGCCGCUGUAGGGUUGACUUGGGAGGAAGCUAAAAGGCGUGGGCGCGAUGGCGUGGAAGCUGCGUGCCACAAUGCGGAGGAUUCUGUGACCGUGUCAGGACCUACAGACGCCAUUGACGGCAUGGUGAAGGAGCUGCAAGCCGAGAACGUGUUCGCCCGUGUUGUGGACACAAUGAACGUGGCCUUCCACAGCACUCAAAUGGAACGCGUCGGACCUGCGCUGCUGAAAGAAUAUAAGAGGGUGAUUCCGGAGCCAAAGCCCCGCGGCAAGCGUUGGGUGAGCUCCUCUGUUCCCGAGAGCCGCUGGGAGGAGCCAAUCAGCGAGCACUGCUCUGCUGAGUACUUCGUCAACAAUCUCGUUUCACCCGUUCUCUUCUGCGAGGCGCUCAAACACGUGCCUAGAGACGCAAUCGUGGUCGAGAUCGCGCCUCACUGCCUUCUGCUGUCUGAAAGUACCUGCAAGGUCAUCCAGAUAUAUUCGUAUGAUGCGUAG